GCGAAAUGUGUCUAGAACAAAACAAGAGGUUGUUAAAUUUUUGUUGAUGCGAAUACAAUGCUGCCAACUACAAGGAGCUAUUAUUUAUUAUUUAAACAUAAUUUAGACAGGACGAUUGUUAUAUUUGCAAUAUAAUAUACAUUACGUACAUAAUAUGUUAAUGACCAAUUUAAAUUAUGUAGUUAUGACGUCACCAAACUUUCGAUUUACUGUGUGUCACCUUGCACCUUUUAAAUAUCUUUGUUUAACAUGUGGUAAAAACAAACAUAUUUUUUUAAAUGUAUUUCCGUGCGCUUAACCGCAUAUUUACCAAGUUUUCGUUUACAAAUAAAUGCGAAACAGCGCUCUACACACGCAGCAUGGCCUGCAGCAGAUACGAAUAUGUUAAGUCGUACGAACAGGAUGAUAAAAUAUUGCCAAAUGUUUGGAUUGUGAUACGCGUCGAUGGCAAAAAGUUUCACAAAUUCGCCAACGCGCACAAAUUUGAAAAGCCCAACGAUGAAAAUGCUUUGAAUGUGAUGAAUGCGGCUGGCAUUGCUGUUAUGGAGGAAUUUCGGGAUAUUGUUCUCGGCUAUGGCCAAAGCGAUGAAUAUUCCUUUGUCUUUCGUAAGGACACAUCGGCAUUUAAGAGACGCGCUGCCAAGCUGCUUAGCUAUGUGACGAGCAUGUUCACCAGCAGCUACGUGUUGAGCUGGUCGCAAUGGAUGCAGCGCCCUUUGAGCUACGCCCCCUGCUUCGAUGGCCGGAUUGUGCUCUAUCCCUCGGAUGAGAAUCUGCGCGAUUAUUUGAGCUGGCGACAAGCGGAUGUCCAUGUAAAUAAUCUAUAUAAUACGGCAUUUUGGAAGCUGGUAUUGGAGUCGGGUCUAACGAAUCAACAGGCCGAGGAACGGCUGCGCGGCACACUCUCCUCCGACAAGAAUGAAUUGCUCUUCCAGGAGUUUGGUAUCAACUACAACACGUUGCCUGCAAUGUAUCGGAAAGGCACGAUAUUGUUGCGCAAGCGUGUGGUGAUAGGCUCGCAAGACGAGCAGAAGGGCCGGCAGGCCAUAGUGCCCAUACACGAGGAUUUAAUUGGCAAUGAAUUUUGGAAGCAACAUACUGAAAUUCUAGGUAAAUAUGUGCCGGGCAAGUAUGUAGUAAGCAGCUUAAAUAGACACUUGGAGAGGCAGCUGGCCAAACAGCUGGAGAAAGAGGCAACGAUAGCGGAGAUUUGACUUAUGACAAUAGUUUAAUUACAGUUAUUACAAAUUACAUUAAGCGCAAAGCAAAUAAACUAAUUCGUUUAGUA